AGCUAAUACAAAUCAACACCGACGACGUGGUAAGGGGAUGUAACUCCGAAUUUACUGGAUCUAAAUAUACAGGUUUCUGUAGAUGUACCAAUCUGGAAGAAGUCCAGAUCCAACAAGAAGAUAGUCUACAGUCUAGAAAAUAAAAAAUGGUUCUAGCAGAUUUGGGCAGAAAGAUCACCUCUGCCCUUAAAUCACUCAGCAAUGCCACUAUUAUUAAUGAAGAGGUGUUGAAUGGCAUGCUGAAAGAAAUAUGCGCUGCCCUACUGGAAGCUGAUGUCAACAUUAGACUUGUCAAGCAGCUGAGAGAGAAUGUCAGGUCCGUGAUAGACUUUGAUGAGAUGGCAGGAGGCUUGAAUAAACGGCGCAUGAUCCAGUCUGCUGUCUUUAAAGAGCUGGUCAAGCUGAUAGACCCUGGAGUCAAGGCUUGGCAGCCCAGCAAGGGAAGAAAUAACGUCAUCAUGUUUGUGGGGCUUCAGGGCAGUGGGAAAACCACCACUUGUACAAAGUUGGCCUAUUACUAUCAACGCAAGGGCUGGAAAACAUGUUUGAUUUGUGCUGACACAUUUCGUGCAGGAGCCUUUGAUCAGCUGAAACAAAAUGCCACCAAGGCUCGCAUUCCAUUUUAUGGCAGCUACACAGAGAUCGACCCUGUGGUCAUUGCCCAGGAGGGUGUUGAGAAGUUCAAGGAAGAGAAUUUUGAGAUCAUUAUUGUGGACACUAGUGGACGUCACAAGCAACAGGACUCACUGUUUGAAGAGAUGCUUCAAGUGGAACAAGCUGUUAAACCUGACAACAUUAUCUUUGUGAUGGACGCCACCAUUGGUCAAGCUUGUGAAUCUCAGGCCAAAGCGUUUAAGGAUAAAGUUGAUGUUGCCUCAGUUAUCAUCACCAAACUUGAUGGUCAUGCCAAGGGAGGUGGAGCUCUGAGCGCUGUGGCUGCCACCAAGAGUCCAGUCAUCUUUAUUGGGACAGGUGAACACACAGAUGACUUCGAACCUUUUAAAGUCCAGCCUUUUGUAAGCAAAUUGCUAGGAAUGGGUGACAUUGAAGGACUUAUAGACAAAGUGAAUGAACUCAAGUUGGAUGACAAUGAGGAGUUGAUGAAGAAACUUAAGCAUGGCCAGUUUACAUUGAGGGACAUGUAUGAACAGUUCCAGAACAUCAUGAAGAUGGGACCCUUCAGUCAAAUCAUGGGUAUGAUACCAGGCUUUAGUUCAGAUUUUAUGACAAAGGGGAGUGAACAAGAAUCAAUGGCUCGGCUGAAAAAGUUGAUGACCAUCAUGGACAGCAUGAAUGAUCAAGAACUUGACAGUCUGGAAGGAGAAAAACUUUUCUCUCGCUGCCCUGGCAGGGUGACUAGGGUGGCAAGAGGUGCAGGUGUUUCUGGACGAGAGGUCAACGAACUUUUAACUCAGUACAAAAAAUUUGCUCAAAUGGUGAAAAAAAUGGGAGGAAUUAAAGGCUUAUUUAAAGGUGGGGACAUGAACAGAAAUGUUAACCAAGGGCAGAUAACCAAGUUAAACCAACAGAUGGCCAAGAUGAUGGAUCCACGGGUGCUACAACAAAUGGGUGGGAUGCAGGGACUGCAGAGCAUGAUGAGACAGUUUCAGCAAGGCGCCACAGGAAAAUUUGGGAACCUCUUUAAUUUGACGGACAGAUAAACUUUUAGCUAUCUAGAGCCAUACAAUGUUGUUUUAGUCCAAAAUAAAAGGCGACAAAUUGUGGCCCACAAAUUCUAGUCCAUUUCACACCUUCAAGAAUUGAUGUGAAAAUGCAGUAGUUGGGUUCACGUUGUAAACAAUAGGAGCUCUCUUCUCCUAAUGGCUAGAAUAUCAUUUGUAAAUGUAUUUAAAGUUACAAAUAAAAAAGCAUUUGAAUAAAAAGCACUAAAAUAUUAAGAA